CUCACUCUCUGCGGUGCCCAGCUCCGGGGACCUGCGGGGCGACCGCGCUGGAGACGUGCGGCCUCCUCCCGCCCGGCUCCGGCCACCCCUGCAGGCGGCGUGCAGUGCGGCUUUGAGGACCAGAGUGGCUGGGAAAUCUUUCCAGUCUUUGUGAGACGAGCAGCUUGAUCCAAAGAUGGAAAUGCGGACACUUUGGGGUGGCCUCAGCCUGCUUCGAGUGCUGUGGUGUCUUCUCCCACAGACAGGCUAUAUUCAUCCAGAUGAGUUCUUCCAGAACCCUGAGGUCAUGGCAGAGGACAUCCUGGGUGUGGAGGCCGCCCGGCCCUGGGAGUUCCAGCCCAACACCUCCUGCCGCACGGUGCUCGUGCCGCUGCUCACGUCGGGCUGGGCCUUCGGGCUGCUCCGCUUGUGGGCGGCGUGGGGGCCGCGGGCCUGGCCGGUGAGCGGCUACGCGCUGCUGGUGGCGCCCCGGCUGCUGCUCACGGCGCUGUCGUUCGGCCUGGACGCCGCCGUGUACCGCCUGGCGCCGAGGUGGGGCGCGGCGCGCUGGCACGCGCUGGUGCUGCUGGCCGGCUCGCCCGCCGCGCUGGUCUUCCACACGCGGCCCUUCUCCAACGCCGUCGAGGGGCUGCUGCUGGCCGCGCUGCUGGUGCUCGUGGCGCCCGGCGCGCCGCCCCCGCCCCGGCCCGGCUGGCACGGCUGGCUGCUCGGGGCCGUGCUGGCUGCCGGCUGCUUCGCCCGGCCCACCUUCCCGGCCUUCGCGCUCGCCCCGCUGCUGCUCUGGGCCGCCCGCGGCCCGAAGCCCGGCCUCGGGCUCGGGGCGCUGCUGGCCCGGGAGGCGCGCGCGCUGCUGCCCGGCGCGGCGCUCACGGCCUUGGCCUUCGUGGCCGCGGACAGCUGCUACUUCGCGGGCCCGGUGCUCACGCCCGCGCGCUUCCUGCGCUACAACCUGGACGCGCGCAACCUGGCGCGGCACGGCUCGCACGCGCGCCUCACGCACCUGGCGGCCAACGGCUUCCUGCUCUUCGGGCCGCUGCACGCGCAGGCCCUGCGGGCGGCGGGCCAGCAGCUGCGGGCCUGGCUGCGGGGCCCCGCCUCCGACCCGGACCCGGGCCCGGGCCGCGACGCCCGCGCGGCGCUGCUGCUGCUCUACUGGUCGCCGCUGGCCGCGCUGUCCGCCUUCAGCCACCAGGAGCCGCGCUUCCUCGUCCCGCUCCUGGUGCCGCUCGUCCUGCUCUGCGGCGCCCUGGGCCCGCGCCCGGCCUGCCCGCGCGCCCUGGCGCUCUGCAACUUGCUGGCCGCGCUCUUCUUCGGCUGCCUGCACCAGGGCGGCCUCGUCGGGGCCCUGGCGCACCUGGAGCGGGUGGUGCACGCGCCCUCGCCCCGCAGCACGCCCGCGCGCCUCACGCUGCUCUUCGCCCACACCUACAUGCCGCCGCGCCACCUGCUGCGCCUCCCGCGCCCCGGCCCGCCCGUCGACGUGCUGGACCUGGGCGGCGCCGCGGGCUCCUCGUUGUGCCGCGUCCUGAGCCAGCGGGCCCGGAGGCCCGGCCGCCUCUUCGUCGUCACCCCGGGCACCACCAGGCCCGCCGUGGCCCGGUGCGGCUUCGCCCCCGAGAGCGAGACCCUGGUGUUCCCCCACCUGAGCCUGGAGGACCCCCCGGCCCUGACCUCGCUGCUGACGGGCGCGUGGAGGGAGCAGCUGAGCCUCCACGUCUUGGAGCUGAAGGUGGAUCCCGGGUACAGGACAGACCCGGCCACGCAGCCUUCCUACUCCUCCAAGGCAACCUCCAGCAAGGCUGGGACCUGCUCUGCCUCCUCGUAUUACAGUUACUAGUUAACAGUCUAUGGUUGGGGGAGCCAUGCCCCACCGCACUCAGGGUCCCAGCAGUGCUCAGAUCGCGCAGCGCUGGGGACCCAACCCAGGAGCCAUCUCCCCAGCCCUGGCCUUCCCCCUGGGAACACAGGCCACUGCUUCUCCUGGGCAUUGCAGGAAUUACUCUAAUUUCUGGGUGUGCUGGCAUCUCUCCCCAACUCCCCUUAUCAAAGACCAAAGAUCUGACAAAUCACCAAGAUCCCCCCAAUUUGAUUUGCCCAAC